UUAUUGUUUUCUUGUGAUUUUAUUAAUUUUUAAACAUGAACUACAACAUGGUAGAUGCAACUAAAAUUUUACAUACUAUAUUAUAUUCUAAUAGCAAUUAUGUUUGUUUCCUUUGUUUAAAAAGACAAAGCAAAGGUCUUUUAAGUAUUCAUUCUGAAUUAGAUAUUUCUGAUGAUUGCUUCAAUUUAAAAAUAUCUUUAACGGAAAUAAUGAAACAACUAUUCCCUUCACAUGAGUUUAUAUUUGACCAAGGUUGUGAAGAAUGCACAAAUCUGUUAUUAAAAAUGUUCCUUAAGUUGCGUAAGUACAACAAUAAUAUAAAAAUACUCGAAAAUAUCAUCAAAAAUCUUGACAGCAAAGUUAAAAAGAUAGACACAGAAAAUAAGAAUGAAAUAUUCUUAAACAUAAAUGAACCUGAACAUAAAAUAAUAGAAGAGAAAAAACCAACAAAGAGGCGUAAAAAGUCUUUUAAUUGUACUAAAUGUGAUAUAAAGUUUAACUCAAAUGAAUUAUUAAAAGACCAUAAAAAUUGUUUUCAUAAUAACAAUAGCAAUGCUACAGUUUGUGAUGUUUGCGGACAAACAUUCAAAACACCAACCUCAUUGAGAGCUCAUAGUAAUUGCCAUAAAGAAAUAGAAUGUCCUUAUUGCUUCAAAACAUUAAAAAGCCAUUCAUAUUACAGAAUCCAUAUAAAAAGACAUAAAAUGAAUAUUAAAAGGGUGCGUAACAAAGUAUACUAUAACUGCCUUAAUUGUAAAUAUCAAUCUUUAAACAAAAAUACUUUAGAAGCUCAUAUAAAUAAAAUGCAUUUGCAUAUCAGGCCUUAUGUUUGUGAAACUUGUGACAAAGGUUUUUAUAAAAAAAGUCAUCUGACAGAACAUGUCAAAAUCCAUUCACAGAUUAAAAAUAAAACAUGCGAUGUUUGCGGUGAAAAUUUUUUGUAUAAGCAAACAUUGAUUAACCAUCAACGACUCCAUAAUAAUAUAAAACCAUAUGAGUGUAAUAUUUGUAAGAAAAAAUUCGUUACAUCCGGAAGAAGGAGUCAUCAUGUUAAAAGAAGUCAUAUGGAAAAAACUGAAGCUUGUACAUUCUGUGACAAAAAGUACAGUUUGAGAAAUGAAUUGAAUAGACAUGUAAAAAAUUCUCAUGCUGACCAUUUCAAAAUUGAUAGUAACUUUGACAUAAAUGUAUCUAACCAUAAAUUUUACAACACAGUUGUAUUACCAAACUAAAAUGUGCAAAUAAACAUUUUAUUUCAGAUUUUUUGGCAAUGUAACCCACACUUAUGAAAUUAAAUACUCUCAAAAAUAGAUAUUGUUAUUUAUUCCCUUACAAUGUAAA